UUUCAAAACGUAAAAUUAAAAUUCCUGACGGCACAUAAAUCUGACAAGUGACAGCGAUGAAAUCGCAAAAUUCAAAAUUAAAGAAAUAGAAUUAACCAUCUAAACAUAUUUUAAGCAAUAAUCAAAUCUAUAGAAAUACUGUAAAAUAAUGGAGGACACAGUGCAUUUAGCUUUAGUCGAGCAGAGUAUUCGGAACACAGAUAAAUUCAUUAUAGCUCUCUACGAACUCUUGGAACGCAUCACUCGUAUUCUGGAGAAUCCGCAUGAUUACGAAUUGAGGAGUAUUAAAAAAAAUGUUUUCAAAGAUUUAUCGAAACUGGACUCUUUUAAUGAAUACAUGAAGUAUAUCGGAUUCAAAUCGGUAGACAACGAAUUUACAUAUCCAAAGGAGUUAAGUUUUAGCAAAUUAAGGAUGGCUCAAGUGGCCAUCGAAAGGAAACUACAUUUUUGCUGUGGAUCCGUGCCUAUUAGGCCGAUCCCAGUAAAUUCUACAGACGUUAGAGAACAACCUAAAGCAUCCCCAGUUCAUUCAUUGCAAACUAAAAACAGAUUCCUACUCAAAAUUCAAGAUCUAUUCAAUGGUAUGCAAGUUUAUGAGGAUGAAGAUUUAUUAGCACAUGCCCGAGACCAAAUACCCUUAGUGACAUUGCAGCUUAUGGCUUUAGACCGAGUUAGGGAACAACAGAAGAAAAUUAAGAUGGGGGAAAUAAAAGCAAACGAUCUACCGUUUGAUACAGCUUUGCUAAUGGAGCUCCUGGACUGGUUCAAGCAUGAUUUCUUUAAAUGGGUCGACAAGCCUGACUGUGAUUUAUGCGGAGAACGAACCGUCAAUCAUGAAAACGCUAUCAUGACGAUAGAAGGUGAAACUUGUAGAGUUGAGCUCUACCAGUGCACCGUAUGUGAAGGAGGAACCGCGAUGUUCCCGCGCUACAAUAACCUGCGUACAUUGCUGCGCACGAGGAGUGGUCGGUGCGGCGAAUGGGCCAAUUGCUUUACGCUGCUGUGUCGUGCUUUGGGCUACGACACCAGAUACGUUUAUGACGUCACCGAUCACGUGUGGUGCGAGGUGUUCGACUACGACUCGAACCAGUGGCUGCACGUGGACCCGUGCGAGGCGAAGCUGAACACGCCCCUCAUGUACUCGCACGGCUGGGGCAAACGCCUCUCUUACGUCAUCGCCUUCUCGAGGGACGACCUGCAGGACGUGACGUGGCGGUACACCACCAACCAUAAAGAGGUGUUGAAAUACCGCUACCUGUGCACGGAAACAGAAUUGAUCUCCACGAUAAUGACGCUGCGGAAGCACAAACAGCGCGAUGUAACGGAGGCCAGGCGACGCUAUCUAGCCAAGCGCACUCUCGAGGAACUAGUGCAGAUGAUGGUGGAAAGGAAACCGAGCGACUACGAGUCCCACGGGCGUAUAUCCGGGUCGCGCAAGUGGCGGAUGCAGCGCGGGGAGCUGGGCGGUGCGGCGGGCGGGGCGGUGGGGGGGCACACGUUCGUGCUGGGGCGCGCGGGCACGCACGUGAUGCGCUACUACUGCGGCGCCGACCGGUGGAGGCGGGCGUGCGACGGCGCCGAGACCGCGCCCCUGCCCGGCUGGCACGCGGCCGUGCUGCACGCCGCCAACGUGUUCAGGAAAGUCGAGCCGGACUGGCUGCAGUCCUACAUAGCUAGAGAAGAGGGCGAGGACUUCGGUUCGAUCUCGUGGGCGUUCGCGGCUAGUGAGGAGCUGACGUGCGCCAGUUUAUCGAUAAAGGUCCGCACGGCGCUGUACGAGAGCGGCCGCAUCGACUGGACGGUGAAGUUCGACGAUGAAAACCCUACCACGGUCACGUUGAGCGAUAAACCAACGAAGUUCGCACGAAAGUUUCGGAAGGUCAUCAUCAAAGCCGAGCUGUCGGGCGGCGACGGCCCCGUGCGCUGGCAACACGCCCAGCUGUUCCGGCAACACACGUACUCCAAGAGAAGCUCCUUUAUCGUCACAAUCGUGGUCCAGUAAAUCUAAUGUCACCAGUAGAGAUGAAACGGACAUCCGGUAUCCGGCCACGUUUUCACUAUUCGGCCGGAUACCGAAUAGUAACACAGUAUCCGGCCGGAUUUCGUAUAGUAAAAUUAAAAAAAAUAUCAUGUUUUUUACAAAAGACAAAUAAUACCACAAUAGGUUAUGGAGAACUUUUAUUUUUAUAAUUGCACGUCAAAAGUGAUUGUUUUAUUAAUUGAUACAUAUACAUAUAUAAACGUGCGACAACACCCGAACGCGCACGAUUAUGUCCGAAAGGGCCGGUAUCCGGUAUCCGGCCAAACCACCGCUAUCCGUUUCAUCUCUAGUUGCCAGCCUCAUAAAACAAGGUGUAAGAAAAUCGAUCUCAUACUUUCAUCUUACACAGAAAAAUUCAAGCACAAUCGAAGCUUGAACUUUGGGUCGAGUCCUCGGCGGUACACAUUGUCCAUGUCCAUAAGUAACCAUUCACUGCCAGGCCGGUUGUAUCACCUAUAGAAAUUAGAAGAAGAAAAAAACACAUUUCGUGACACACUGCUUGAUUAUAAAUUGUCUUUAGAUAGAACCGGUUCUCUAUACCCUGUAUGGACAAAGCAGUUUGGCACUACGCAAUGUAAAGCCUUUUAUUAAUUUUAUUUACUGAUGGCAGGAUUUAUUUUAAGCCAGCGCGGGUAGUUACCACCGUCCUACCUAUAUCUGCCGCGAAGUAAUAUUAUAUCUCGGCUUCGAAGGGUGGGGCGGAUCUUAUAUUAUACAACUAUUACUAUAUACUAUACAACUGAUGUCCACGUUACCACAUAAAUUAAAUAAAAAUGCUCACAAGUUUUCUUUUGCUUCAAAAACGGUGCGCGUGCAAAUUGGUGCACGUGAAUGAAGUGAAACUUCUUUUUCGAUGCGCAGUAUUGUGGUUUUCUUCAUUUUUCAUUCUUAAAUCAGAUUGCUCUUGUAAUAAGGAAUGCUGUGUAUAAGAGAUGCGACCUCUUCAACAUUUAUAUCAUAUAUAUUUUAAUUUAUAUAUAGAAAAAUAAAUAAAUAUAUAUUUUUAAAUACUUCAUUAAAAUAUUGGUCGCUACUCGUUGCUAACGCUCGCGCUGGCCUGUAACAGGUAUACUACGCGCAUGCGCUCGAGUGCCACGCAUUCACUCUCGCUCUGACUCUUUCUAUUCCAUGGUAGCGUUAAACAUUUAACGCAACCUUGUCGCAUUAGAAGUUUCACUUCAAAAACACUACCAUAUCAUGGUCAAAAAGGUUUAAGUGUUUUAUGAUGUAGUUCCCUCAGAACCCCCCCCCCCCCUGCUGGGAACGAGUCAUCUCUCGCUUUGAUCUCAGCUUAAUUUGAUUUUGUGUAAUGACUUGAAAGGUUAUAGAAGGAUUAAUAUAAACGUAUUCAUAGUGAAAAUGUCACAGCACUUAUUCGAUUAUAAUUUUUAAAGGGAUUUUAUGACCUGGUAACUAAGACCUUUAAGUCAUGUCUUAUUAUAAUUGCACUUUUUCGACAUGCAGUUCCACGUUUAUUACUGGUGGUAGGGCAUCUUGUGAGUCCGCGCGGGUAGGUACCACCACCCUGCCUAUAUGUGUUUCGAUUUGAAGGGUAGGGCAGCCGUUGUAACUAUACUUGAGUCCUUAGAACUUAUACAUCAAGGUGGGUGGUGCAUUUACGUUAUAGAUGUCUAUAGGCUCCAGUAACCACUUAACACCAGGUGGGCUGUGAGCUCGUCCACCCAACUAAGCAACAAAAAUAAAAAAAACGUACAGACUACACAAUGUCACGGAAUUUUUCCACUAUCAUAAAAUGCAAUAAUGAAUUUAUUGCGCACAAAACUAAGUGCAUUAUUCUAUCAAUAUCUGUUAAUACAGAUGACAGACGAACUGGUCUAGUAGCUCUCGCGCGAACCUGACGAUAGGCCGGGAGUGAAUUCAUUGGGCGUGACGUCAUUUGUGGGCUAAAAUAAACGAAAAGCUAUCCACAAAUUCUACACUAAUUAUGGAGGGUGGAAAUAAGGAGGACCAUCUCAGUGUUGUGAAAAGUGUUCGCUGGAAGGGAGCUAAUUAAGAUGGCGCCACUGUAGCAAGAGAAAGGAUUUUAAAAACAGCACCAUAUACUAUUAAAGUAGGAUAUUAAAUUAAGAAUGAAAGAAAUACUUCCUACGUAAAUGGUAAUAAAAAUGAACAGUUGAGUAAAAAUAUUAUAUUUUUAAAUCCAGCAGACUUCACACUGUUUAAAGCUGGUUUAUUCAUAUAAUUUCCAUUUACUAAACUAGCGCUAUUUCGAGUCUUCCAACAAUAACUUGAUGCUUACAACUUUUACAACUUGUCCCCUAUACAAGAUUGUGCUUACUUCUACCCUCCAUAAUUAUAACAUACAACUAUUAGCUUCAUGUGACAUUUUAAAAUGUAUAUCAUUAAUAUUUCACAAAAAUUUUGCUCUAUGUUCGUUUGAAUUCAAAUUAAAAUCGCUUAGGAGUACUUUUUAGAUUUUUCAUGAAUGUUUACUAGCUUUCAAUAUAAAAUGAAUAUACACAUACAUAACCAUAUAAUACAUAUUAUCAAUACUAUUAGCUAUUCGCAUUUUGUAACUAGUAUAUAAAUAAUCAUUCCACUAAUAUUAAAUACGUUUUUAUUCCAAUAAAUAUAUAAUAUAAA